AGAGGGAGGAGAAGUAGGUAGUAUGUUGAAGAAAUAGGGACAACUGGAGAAGAAAGAUGGGGCCAGACUCUCUCUCUCUCUCUCUCUCUCUCUCUCUCUCUCUCUCUCUCUUUCUGUGUCUCUCUGUCUCUGAGAUUCUGUUUAUUUACCGCUGAAUGCGACAGUCUCUUGGCCUGACUGAGAAGCAGCGAGAGAAAAGAAGAAACAGCAUGACGGCCCUCUGGAUUCUGUCUGUAUCUGCGCUGAUGUGUCAGAUGUCCAUCACUGCGUCUCUGCACUGGAGGAAAGCUCUGUUCCCAUCAGCCUUCAGAGUGAAGCGAGGGACGGCAGCACUUCUCAACCCCACGUUUCAGAAAUCAGCGGAGGACGCCAGCCUUCUGUUUGAGGUGUUGUGGUCCGGAGGGUACAUGGACGCGGUGAACGGGACGCUCCACAUCUCUGAUCAGGAGCUGGCGUCCAUGAGGAAGCUGGAGGUCCUGGAGGUCCUGUGUGAGGAUGUACUUCCCAGAAGCCUCUCUGAGAUCCAGCGGCUCAGUGCUCAGCUGGAGCUGCGGCGGGGCUCGCUCCGGAUGGAUGACUUUGAGCGCACCGUCCUCACCAUGGUGUUCACCGCCCAACAGCUGCCACACACCAGCCCCGGCCACCAGAGGGAGCUGUGGGCCAACACACUCCUACGACUCUAUAAAGCCAUCAGAGGAGACCUGCGGCCUGCAGAGGACUGACUGACCUGUGCUCCUCAACCGCGGCUAACAGCCAACGUUCAGUCGCUUGAAUAGCAGCCUACAUUCAUUCAAACCUUUCCGUAAUGUUUGCAAAAUGGUCAAAUGCAACAUUCCCUUAAUCUUUUCUCUAGCAUUCAUUUAACCAAGAAAAACUGUUUUUUAAACAUUAAAAAAGGGAUUUUAGGAAUGUUGAGAAAACAUUGACAUAAUGUUUUUAUAACUAAUCUGGAUUGUUAACAAAAUGUUACUUGAACAUAAUUUUGUUGGGGGAUCUGAUCACAGAUAUUAGAGGUAAAACAAUGCCAGAUGCAAAUAAUAAAUGCUACUCAGCAUAUAAUCAUAUAGAGUCGAAUUAGGAGAUUGCAAUGCAAUUUAUAUUUAUGUUACAUAUUGUUUGUAAAAAUAGAAAUAAAUCACUUGAUUUUAACAUUUUAACUUGAAAAACAAUCUGUAAAAUAAAUAGAUUAAUCAUUUAGAUAGCAACUUUAAAUUCUGUUAUAGUAUGCUUCACAAAUAUGUUGUUAAUUAAAAAAAAAAAAAAAUUCAAUACUCAUUCUCAAAAAAGUACAUUUAUUUCACAUAAUACUUCCCAAAAUAAGCUGAAAAUAAUGUGAAACUAAAUAACUAUAAUUAUCAUAUUUGAUCUUGAUUUAAAAAUAAAUGAGUAUAAUCAGCAGAUCUAAAAUUAAGGAAUUCUGUGAAACUAUUAUAGUAUUUUUCCACAAACAAGUUGAUAAAACAAAAUUACAAAUUCUUAAAAUAACAAAAAAAACACCCAAUUCUCAAAAAAAGAUGAACAAUACUCCAAAAAAAAGAAAAGAAUAAUACAGUCCAAACUUGCAACAACACUUACAAAUAAUGAUUUCUGUAGGUGAAGAAGGUUCUUUAGAUAAUUAAAAUGUUCUUUACACUGAGAAGAAAUGGUUCUUUUCAUAAGAACUUUUGAAUAUUCUGAAACAAUU